ACAAUUGUAUUUGUGUUGUGCGUAUAUGUAUAUAAUAUUUGGAUUUUGUUUUGUAUAUAUAAUUUUUUCAAAAGGCGUCGUGUUCGCGUUUGAUUCUCCUCUGGCAUCGACGAAAGGGUGCUAGGGUUGCGCAGAAGGUAGAGUUCUCUGUUUCGUUGUUUGGAGCUGGAAAUUGAGCGGGAAAGUUGCUCCACGUGAAUUCGAAGGUCACGGAAAGGCUGCCUACCUGCCUCGUACUCUAGUUCAAAGAGCAUGAACUCUCCAACCGCCCAGUUCGUCUCCUCAAGAAGGAUGGGUUUAUAUGAACCAAUCCACCAGAUUAGCAUGUGGGCAGAUUUCAAAGUUAAUGGUUGUCCAAAUACAUCUCCAUCUAUGAUUGUGGAGAUGAACACAACACUAAACAACCAGUCAGAGGAUAGUUCACAAGGAACACUAGGACCUUCAAACAAGUUUGACCAAGAGGAAACCAAAUCUACUGAGAAGGUACUUAGGCGUCUUGCACAAAACCGUGAGGCUGCUCGCAAAAGCCGUUUGCGGAAAAAGGCUUAUGUUCAGCAGUUGGAAACAAGUCGUUUGAAAUUGAUUCAAUUGGAACAAGAGCUUGAAGAAGCCAGACAACAGGGUUUGUAUAUGGGUGGUGGACCAGAUACUAGUCAUCUAGGGUACUCUGGAACUAUAAACUCAGGUAUUGCCGCGUUUAAGAUGGCAUAUGAACGAUGGGUGGAAGUUCAAAAUAGACAAAUUUGUGAAUUGAGGACUGCUUUGAAUUCUCAAACAGUUGUUGAUAUGGAGCUUCGCAUCCUUGUUGAUGGUGGCAUGAACCACUAUUUUGAUCUCUUUCGCAUGAAAGCAACUGCUGCAAAGGCUGAUGUCUUCUAUCUUAUGUCCGGCAUGUGGAAGACGUCUGCUGAACAUUUUUUCUCGUGGAUUGGAGGAUUUCGCCCUUCAGAGAUUGUAAAGGUUCUUAUGCCACAGCUUGACCUGUUGACAGACCAACAACGUUUGAAUAUCUAUAACCUCAGACAAUCAUGUCAGCAAGCAGAAGAUGCUCUUACACAAGGAAUGGAUAAACUCCAGCAAACUGUGUCUGAGACUGUAGCAGCUGGUCAAUUGGGUGAAGGAAGUUACAUCCCACACGUGAAUAAUGCAAUGGAGAAGUUGAAAGCACUGGUGCUCUUUGUGAGUCAGGCAGAUCACCUUCGCCAGGAAACACUGCAACAAAUGUCUCGCAUCCUAACCACCCGCCAAGCAGCUCGGGGUCUACUUGCGUUGGGAGAGUACUGUCAGCGCCUUCGGGAUCUGAGUUCACUUUGGGACAGUCAUCAUCGUGACCCUGCCUAGUCAAUGCAAGAAGCAAGAAUCAACAAGCCACGAACAAAUUUUAGUGGGGGUAACUAUCAGAAGAAAUCAUUGUUCAGCAGCCAUAUAUGUACACCCCUUGUUAAUCUUCAGUUAUAUGUAUGGACAUAAUCUGAGUUGCUGACAUUUUUCGUGCAGCCUCCCACAAUUGAGAAUCUGUACAUAUGAAUCACUAUUUUAUCAGAGGAAGUUUGUGACUACUACAUUUUCAAUGCUUGUACAUUACCUACAUAAAACUCUAGAUGGGACUUAUCGUGUAAAUUGCCAGUUAUAAUUGAUUUAUUUGUAUUUUGAGUUUUUGUAAAAAUGUAUAUAGAUGAAACAGUAGAAAAGCGGCGCUCGCUUCGGAAAUAAAUGGAUGCUGAAGAACACAUGUACUGCAAUAGAAGAAAGAAUGGAUUUUUAUGAUGGAACAAGCAAUGUAAAUUAAUAAAAUUUCCACAUAAGCAUGUGGAAGACAUGUAUUGAUGCUUGAAA